AUGCCUCACUUUGCAAAACCUCUUUUAAGAAACAUUAUUAUCAGAAAUCUAUUCAAUAGCAUGAAGAGGAAGCAAUGUCUCCAGUAUUUGAAAACCCUGAGAACACUGCAAUAUGAUGGGUUUACAACUGUAUAUUUUGGGGAAACUGAUAUCCCUGAGAGUCUUGUAACAGGGGAAGAUUUUAGUGAUGGCUAUUUCAUGCCAACUCCAACUUGGUGUAUUGUGCACGCCGGUGGUAGUCAAGGAUGGAUGCCUUGGAAAUAUCGGAUGUUCCUAAGGGAUGAGUUAUGCAUCAAACAAGAAGACAGCCUCUUCUCUGAGUUCUGUGAUGUGGCAAAGAAGACCUAUGGGCAGUGCACCAUUGUGGUCAAAGAGAGAAGGCGGCAGGAUGAGAUGAAGCCAAAGGAAGACAAAGAAUCCGAGGCCCAGGCCCAUGUCCCAUCAGUCAUUAACUUAACUAACAUCACAUGUUGUCCUGAGGUGGCCAAGUCCUAUGGCCAUAAACUACUCUCUCUGCCUUCCCCUUACAGUUAUCUGAACCCUCUAGACUCAGCCUGGUCUUCUCUGAAAUGGUUUAUCAUCAAUAACAGAAAGGAGUUUUGUUUGCAGUCCAUUGAUGGUGUCUAUUCCUACCAGUAUAUACUCUUCAAUGAUUUAAUUAGCAACGGGAUUGAAAGGAUAAACCCAAGCAAAUGGAGAACACUAACUAACAAAGUACAAAGAUGGGAAAACUACUAUCUUGGUAAAUUUUCUUAA